CACAAUAUUAAUUAUUAAACAUGGAAGACAACAACAACAACAACAACAACAACAACAAUCUGGUAACAGACCAAUCCGCUUUGUUCGUGUUUGGAGAUUCUGUGUUUGAUGGCGGAAACAACAACUACAUCGAUACUCUUCCCAGUUUUCGAUCUAAUUACUGGCCAUACGGCCAAACCACUUUCAAAUUCUCUACCGGAAGAGUCUCCGACGGACGCUCAAUUCUUGAUUUCAUCGCGAAGUAUGCAUGGUUACCGUUGAUCCCGCCAGUUCUACAACCAAGUAACGGUAACAACCAUAUACUUAUGAGGUAAAUUUUUGCCUCCGCCGAUGCCGGAGCUUUAGUGGGAACAUUUCCCGGAAUGGUAUAUAUAUUAUUAAUAAAAAUUAAUGAUCAUUGCAUAAUUGUUUGACCUUUUAAACCCUUUUAACCACUCAAGGUGAUAAAUUUGAGAACACAAUUAUGCAAUGAUUAUAUCAAGAGAUGUUUAUCUGUUUCAUAUUGGAGUUAACGAUUCUCUGUAUCCAUAAUCUACAAAUUCGUCCACUUUCCAAUCCAAUCCCAAAGAGAAAUACUGUACGUACAUUUUGUUGUUGGUAACACGACCGCUAUUAUCGAGGUAAAUCAUAUCAAAGUUUAUCUACAAAAUUGCUUGUAUGAAAAAUCUUGGUCCGAAAUUUAAGAGAUUAUGUUUCUUUUCUUUGGAAGUGUAUCAUAGAACUAUAAAUAGAAGGGAGGAAGUUUGGAUUCUUGAACAUGGGAGCGGACGAUUGUGCACCAGCCUCAUUGAUUGUAUACCAAACAAAGAUAGGAUCUUGUUUUAAGCGAGUCACCGAGCUGAUCAAUUUGCCUCUUGCUUCUUCACUGGUGGGACCUGGUCAUGGAUCAUGUUCUUGACUUGUUGAAUGAUCUCAGAUCCCUUCACCUCUAGGUUGAAUGUUUUCCCCUUAAGCGUUGAUACAAAAAUACUCAUCAUUUCACCCUGAGGUCCCUGACCCAGACCCAAAACCAGUUGACGGGUCGGCUCUGCAUGGAUCUUGAUGUCGAUUGUCUCGGAGCUAUCCUCAAGCUCUAGGUUUAUGGUCUUUCCCUUCUCUGUCUUGAUAAGAAUCUUCAUUGCACCACCUAACGAGGAAUCUGAAAAAAAAACAAAAAAAAAGCAAAAUCAAAGUCUGAGAACAAAUAUUUGAAAUUUGGAGGUUUUUAAAGAGAAUAAAAAAUAUAUUUGGAGACAGCUAAGUCAAGGUCUCUUUUAUG